AUGCCUUUGUUAGAUCGUCUUCGACAUAGUUUCAAAGCUCGGGUUAAGCGUAGGCGUCAAGGUCUGAAUGAAAGCAAAAUCUUUGGAGACGGAGAGACUUCCACAGGGGAAGUUCAAGAAAGAACUCGCGCUUCUUGCGAGAACGCUAGACCAUCCGAGGCACGCACAUCCGAAUAUCUUAGCCCUUAUCCAUAUGAAACACUAGAUGAUGUCAACGAUGAUGUUGACAAUGUUGACAAUGUUGACAAUAGCGAAGAGGGCUGUUUUACCGAUUUUUCAUCAGAGAACUCUAUAGUCCGUUUUGUUUCAAACAGUACAUCUCCUGGUUGUUCAACCGCUUUGUCUCCUCGUCCACGACCUCGAAGUCAUGGUAUUCAACAGAAAACUACUGUUAGCGAUCAAUGUGUGAGCGACUCUAAGCAAAGUAAUGAUCAUGUUCGCUUAGAUGGCGACAGUCACACCUCAGCAGAAGACUUAGAAAUAUUUGGGUACCCUUUAGAGAGAGUAAAAGCUAGAAGCUCCUGUCCAAGCAUAGGCUGGAAAACGCAAGAUCAGAUCGAUCUCCGGAUGAGAGAAGGUGUCGAGCAAUCAACUCCUAGUUCCGAACCAAGGAAUAUACACUCCGAAGACAAUUUUGCUGCCAAUACCUCUACGAGCAUGGAUAUCCUACAACCGCUCUUGAAAUUACAGGAAGCUCAAAUGCCACGUCGCCAACGAAAUCAUCAGCGUAUGAUGGUAUCUAAACCUCGGUAUAUUCCAUCUGAGCAUCUUCAUCGUCAGAUCGGCUACUACAAUGGCGUAUUCUUCAACAGUGUUUCUAAGAAUCUCCAAUUUAAAGACAAUGUUGGAGAGAGCGAUAUUAAGGGAUUUAGUGAAUAA